CCCUUGACAAUCUGUACUCAAAACUAGGGCAACUUUUGAUAAAAUUUUACAAAAAAGUCUGCAGAUUUUUUUCAAUCAGAGUCUGUAAAAGCCAAUUAUGCCCUUACACAAUAUUACCCUUCAUUUUUUCUUAACUGUCAAACAACAACAACAGAAUCCACCUCCUUCAAUUUCAUCAUCCGCCUUCGUCUUCUCCGGAGCAGAUUCCCCCAGCAGCAGCGGACGAUUGGUGCUUUUUGCGGAACUUUGUUGGCCAGUGGCUUGGAUCGGUGGUUACCGAGUUCCAGACGCACAUUGGGAAAACGUUUCUGGUUAUUUUGUGCGUGAACUUGCUGCUGAUUGGGUUUUACUGGCGGAAAGUAUCAUGACCGAUCGCUUCAUCCGGCCGAGUACCGCCCAGGAAAUGGAAGAGCUAAAGUUGUCAGUGGCACGUCCUCAAUUGCCGAAGGAGCACGGCCCGCGGAUCUAAAAAUGUUCAACAAGCUUCGGUACCACUGGACCGGGUCAACAGCUAAACUCGGAAACUCCAGCACCCUCGUCUAGUUUGAGCAAGUCCGGCAACAGUAGCAGCAAGGAUGUGUGCGUUCCAUCGAAGCGAAAGGAACUGUCCAGUGAGGCGAAAGCCGCUGCUAACGCUGCACUAGCCCGGAUUGAAGG